AUGGCGGAUCUAUUCAUCUAUGUGGAGACUGCGUUCUUCUGGAAGUGGUGGGUCCGGCAGGGAGACGACGUGCGCCACAAGGUGCACACCCUGGUGCGGCAGGGGCGCCUGCAGUUCGUGGGCGGCGCGUGGAGCAUGAAUGACGAGGCGGCCGCGCACUACCAGAGCAUCCUCGACCAGUUCACCUGGGGCCUGAGGAAACUGAACGACACAUUCGGCGUGUGCGGCGUGCCCCGCGUGGGUUGGCAGAUCGACCCGUUCGGACACUCGCGGGAGUUCGCGUCGCUGCUGGCUGCCAUGGGCUACGACGGACUGUUCUUGGGCCGCAUUGACUAUCAAGACAAGGCGCUGCGGCUGAAGCACAGCACCAUGGAGAUGGUGUGGCGGGGGGAUGACGACUUGGGCAAGUCGUCGGACUUGUUUACGGGCGUACUCUACAACACGUACUCGCCGCCGCCCGGCUUCUGUUUCGACGUGCUCUGUGACGACGAGCCCAUCGUCGACGACGAACACUCGCCGAUGUACAACGUCGAGCAGAAGCUCAAGCUGUUCAUAUCGUACGUAAAAGAACAGUCGAGGAGGUACCGGAGCAACAACGUGAUAGUGACGAUGGGCGGAGACUUCACCUACCAGGAGGCCGGCAUGUGGUACCACAACCUGGACAAGCUGAUCGAGUACGCUAAUCUGAAGUCUGCAAAGGACGGCCUCAACAUAACCCUGUUCUACUCGACCCCUGAUUGUUAUCUGAAGGCCGUACGAGACGCCAAUCCCACGCUGCCCAUCAAGCAGGACGACUUCUUCCCGUACGCGAGCGACCCCACGGCCUACUGGACUGGAUACUUCACGUCCAGACCGACCACCAAGUACUUCGAACGAGAAGGAAACGACUUCUUGCAGGCCAUGAAACAUCUGCAGGUCCUCGCCAAGCUACCAGAACACAACAUGUUCGUGCUGAAUGAACUCAAGAGCGCCAUGGGCAUGAUGCAGCAUCACGACGCGGUGACGGGCACUGAGAAGCAGCACGUGGCGCACGACUACGAGAGGAUCCUGCACGAGGCGCUCGAGGACUCCAGCAUCAUCGCCAAGCAGGCUUUCAACAAAAUAGUGCAGCGUGACGGAGACAAGCCGCCGCUGUUCCAAUAUGAGCGGUGUAGCUUCAACGAGUCUAGCUGUGAUCUAACCGAACGGAGUGACCAGUUUGUGGUGACACUUUACAACCCGCUCGGGUGGAAGGUGAAGUACCCGGUCAGGGUGCCGGUGAUGGAGGGGACCUACACGGUGUACGCGCCCAAUGGAGAAGCGAUAGAUUCACAGCUGGUAGGAAUACCUGACUUCGUUAAAAACAUCCCCACCCGAGAGUCGAACGCGACCCAUGAAGUUGUAUUCCUUGCUCACCUCCACCCGAUGGGAGUCAAGUCUUUCUACGUCAAAAGAGAAAAGAAAGAAAAACGGGAGAGUAAAAUGAACGAUUACUACUUACAUUUUAAUGAUUAUUUUAAAAUUGGCGACAACGCCAAAAUGGUUGAAUUUGAAAACAAUCCGAUGUUGAAACCCGUUUUCAAAUCCAACUAUGAAGACAAUGAUUUAAAGACCAAAGAACCUGGCAUCGGCGUUAAUUCUGAAAAGUCUAUGAAUUCGAUGAAACCGAUUGAUAUUGACGUGUUGAAAGAUAAAGAUGGUGAUAAUUUAGAUAUUGAGGAAUUGCGGAGACUUGUGGAUGAGAGGGACCGAGCGACCGGACGCAAGUUCCCGGAGUUGAGCGAUGAAGAAAUGAGGAUGCUGUCCGAUGAGCCAGUCCUCGUGGAAAGGGAUGAUGAGACCUAUUUGGAGAAUGAACAUCUCAAACUGCGUUUCGACAGUUCAGGACUACUGACCCACGCCAUGCUACCUGAUAUUACAUUUAAUUUAGCCGCUCAGUUUUACUACUGGACUGGCUGCGUCGGAAACAACACUAGCCCUUCCGAGCGAUCUUCUGGCGCCUAUAUAUUCAGACCGAAAACGACCAGACCAUUCGAUAUGAAAUACCGCUCUGUCGGUAAUCCUAAAGGAAACGUGGUCCAUGAAAUGUGGGUGGAAAGUGACAAAAACGUUGGCAGCAUCGCCAGACUUUACAACGGAUCUAAAGUCUUUGAAUUAGACUUUGUUGUAGGACCAAUUGAUGUCUCUGACGGAGAGGGCAAAGAAUACGUUAUAAGAUAUGAAACAAAUCUCCUCAACAACGGAAUUUUCUACACUGAUUCCAACGGAAGACAGACCUUGAAGAGAGUUUUAAACAAACGGCCGCAGUGGAAUCUUACGUUAGAAGAACCGAUUGCAGGAAACUACUAUCCGAUAACUAAUGAGAUAUACAUUGAAGACAAUGAAGUCAGAGUUUCUAUACUCACAGAUAGGUCUCAAGGAGGUGGUUCCUUAGAAGAGGGAGCAAUAGAAGUGAUGCUACAUAGACGACUGUUGCAUGACGAUGCAUUUGGCGUCGGUGAAGCAUUGAAUGAAACUGCAAAAGGUGCUGGCUUAGUGAUGAGAGGAAAGCACGUGUUACUCUUCAGUAAUGCAUCAGAAAAUAAUGAUGAAUUCAAAGCUAAAACUAUACUAGAGUUGCAUUUGCCUCCAGUUGUUUUUGUAGCUGAUGCCAAACAUUUGCAAUAUGAAGAAUGGCUAACAAAAGACAACUGUUUUAAAGGCCUAAGGCGUGAAUUGCCGGAUGGAUUGCAUUUGUUGACGCUGGAACCAUGGAGGGAAAAGCAGAUGUUGUUACGUCUUGAGAAUUAUAAGAAUAAGUCGAAUAGUUCUACAAUUGAGAUAGAUUUGGAUAGUUUGUUUGAUUUUAAAUUGAGAGGUAUGCAAGAGGUGAUGUUGGCUGCAAACCAAGAGAUAAGAGAUAAGUGGUAUUGGAAUGCUGAGACAGAAUUCGUUGAUAGUUUUAAUAAGGAGUUUGAUAGUUUCGCGGAGAGUGUUAAAGCUGAAGAUGUUGAAGAUGUUGUAGACGAUGGUUAUAGAGUAAAAUUAAGGGCUAAACAAAUUAGAACAUUCAUUGUUAAUUACGAAUAAAUGUAGAAAUAUAUCGCUAUUGUACCAACCGA